GAGGAACGAGCUAACGCCGUCAACAGCACAACAACAACAACACUCGGCUAACAGCGUUAGCUCCGAGGAAAGGCGGAUUUAUUUGUUUCUGCUCAUUUUGGGAAAACACCAACAGGUACGCUGGAAUUUUCUGACACCCACUCAGACAUGUCCUAUGUCUUCAUCAACGACUCGUCGCAGACCAGCGUGCCUCUGCUGCAGGCCUGCAUCGACGGAGACCUGCCCUUCGCCAAGAGGCUCCUGGAGACCGGGUGUGACCCCAACAUCCGCGACAACCGCGGCCGCACCGGCCUCCACUUAGCCGCCGCCCGUGGCAACGUGGACAUCUGUCGCCUCCUGCACAAGUUUGGUGCCGACUUGCUGGCAACGGACUAUCAGGGGAACACAGCGCUGCACCUGUGUGGACACGUGGACACGAUACAGUUCCUGGUGUCCAACGGACUGAAGAUUGACAUCUGUAACCACAACGGCUCCACUCCUCUGGUUCUGGCCAAGAGACGCGGCGUCAACAAGGACGCCAUUCGCCUGCUGGAGGGUCUGGAGGAGCAGGAGGUGAAAGGCUUCAACAGAGGAGCUCACUCCAAACUGGAGACCAUGCAAAUGGCCGACAGCGAGAGCGCGAUGGAAAGCCACUCGUUACUCAACCCGAACCUGCAGAGCAGCGAGGGCGUGCUGUCCAGCUUCAGGACCACCUGGCAGGAGUUUGUGGAGGACCUGGGCUUCUGGAGGGUUCUGCUGCUGCUCGUGGUCAUCGCCCUCCUCUCGCUGGGCAUCGCCUACUACGUCAGCGGAGUCCUGCCCUUCUCCACCAGCCAGCUGGAGCUGGUGCACUGAGGGGGGGUGGGGCAGGGCGUCUGGAGAGCGAGCGAGUGCACGGCGGCAGCGGUGGUGAGGAGUUUGUGAAAUAAUCAGCUUUUCUGCUGUUCGUAUAAAGACACUCGCAUUUUUUCUUUUCAGCAAAACAUUUUAUCUUAUUAUGAGUUAAGCAAAAGUCACUAUCACCGUUACUUUCAGGGAUAGUUCAGGUGUUUUUUGUUGAAGUGUGAGUGUAGUGGUACAUGGUCUGUGCUGUGAGGACCAGCCCGAGACUCGAAAUCUACGUCAGCUUAAGUCUAUUUCUAUUUCUAAGUAUUUCUACAAAGCAGCUUUAACAGAAACCUCGUGUUCCCCUUUUCACACAAUAUGUCGAUCAGUGUUUCUCAGACCCCAGAUGUUCUCGGUGUCCUCAAAUGACUUUUGUAAAAUUGACUUUAAAUGCCGAAUUUUACAAAAUAAGACAUUUGAAUUUAAUGAUGGAGGCAGCAGUGGAUCAACAGCUCCUGUGUGCUGUG